AUGGCCAUGGCAGCAGCAACAUUGGCAUCGACGUCGGCACCGGUCGCCUUCGCUCCUUUGAUGGCGCCCGAGAAGCUGUCCGUGACGACAGCCAUCAUCGGCCUCCUCGCCGUGGGUGGGCGCACGAUUGACGCCAUCUGGGAUCUCAACCUGCCCGCGACCAAGGUCACACCGUACCUCAACCAGGCGCUGCAGGAGAUCAAGCAGGCCCGCUCGACGGUGCACAUCCUCUACAAGACGUUUGCGCUGCUCGAGUCGGCGCGGCUGCCCUUUCCUGAGCGCGGCACCUGGAUCGCCGUCGACGAUCUCAUCGCCACCCUCACCGACACCGUCCUCGCCUUCUCCGACCUGCAGACCCUCUGUGCGCAGCUCGAGGCGCAGCGGCAGGGCCUUCUCGUGUCGGAUGGGCCAGCGCCCUCGUGCAACGCUGGCGAUGCCGACUGUGGCCAGAAGAUAACCGCGCUGUGCGCCCGCAUCCGGUGGCACAACCUGUCCAUGACGAUGAUGAUGACGAUACUGAAAUGCCCAGGCGAAGCCGAUGCCCAGAACGCCCGGGUGGGGCUCGAGCACCGCAUGACACGCCUGCUCACCUCCAACACCGUCCUCGCCGCCCGCAUGCGCCAGCUCGACGACGUCUUUGACGAGGGCGGCAUCAACAGGGAGUCGCUGCCGCAUUACUCACCACCUGCCCGCAAUCCUCAACCACAGUCACCUCACCAGUCAGCCUUGGCGACAACGCCAACGGCAACAGCAAUCCCGUCCUCAUCAUCGCCGCCGCCGCCUGGGACCGACGACAUCACGCCCGUGCCUUCGUCGCCCACCCGGACCCGUGUCCAGACUCCCCUCUCCGGCUAUACCCUCGCCGGCAUCCCCGUCCUCUCCAUCAUCCCUCUGCCCAUCACCACCAUUGAAAUCUUUGAUGGGCCCGACGUCUAUACCUUUGCCUAUGCCCGCCGUGUCGGCCGCGAUCUCGGGGAGUUGAUGCAGUGCCAGGCAGGCCAGGGCACGACCCGCUCCCUCGGCGUCGUGCUCGGCCGCUCCGCCAAUGGCUCCGACGCAGCCGGCAGCUUCAGCACUGGCGGCAGCAGCACCUCUACUACCGGCGCCAACAGCAUUGGCGGCUGUGAGCCCGCCGUGUUGCUACAGGAGCCGUCUCCGCCACCACAGGAAGACCAGGACCGCCAGCUGCAGCAACAGCAGCAGCAGCAGCAGCAGCAGCAGCAGGACACCCCGGCCAAGAAAAAGAGGUUGCGGUUCCGCAAAAUAGUCAACGUGAAGCACCGAUGGCGAGCCUUUUGA